AGCCAGAGGCUUCAUAUGAUGCAUGAUCAUUUGUAAUAUUUGAAAUUCGGAAUGGUGCACAAGAUCAUUAUAGUUACUUUUGGAGUCCAAAUUCAUACAGCUCAUGGUAGUAGUAGUUAAUCUGCAUUAGUCAAGGAUGCCAUGUUUUGUCCUGUGCGGCUUAUUUGAUGUGACCUAGACUACUUUUGUUUAAUUUUUACAAGUAAAUCUGCCGAAAUGUCCAUGAUCUCAUGCUAGGAUUGCUCAUACAACAAAAGCUAAAGGCGUGGAAGACAAUAUUAUGUAUUAAAAGUUUAAUCUAUAGUCUAUACGUACCCAGAUAUCAUACACGUGGCAGUUCAUGGGCGAUGGUAUUUUCUCAAGGAUAUGGUCGGCUUCUCAUGUCUUAAUCUCUAAAGUUUGAAUUUUUGCAACCUUAGCUUCUGUCCUAUUUGAUUACUUGAAAUUUCUGUCUUUUGAUAUCUACGUGCAUGGACCCAUUAACCUCUAUACUGGCCCCGCCACCCCGCUUCAUGCCUUUAAUCCCGCCGAGACCAAACCUUUUCUUCACCUCGCUAUAUAUAAAACUAUAUUAUCAACAAUCUCUGAGGAACACAGGAAGAGAGAAUUGUGUCAUUUUUGUUACUGUGCUUGCUUUCUUCGCUCUCAGUGUGGUUAGUUAAUUCUCAGCUGAGAUGGCAGUAGAAAUAGACGAUUCUUUCAAAAAGCCUGGAGCUGUCCCAUUUAAAUGGGAGAUCCGACCUGGUGUCCCUAAGAUCCAACGACAGCAAAAACAGCAAAAGAAAGAACUAUCACCCCCGACAUUGCCAUCACCAUCACCACCUUUCAAUCACCGGCGUCCAUCACCAACUCCUCAAGUACAAAAGCAAAAGCUUAAGCCUCCACCAGCUAGAUCCGUUUUUCUCCCUCCACCAGAGCCCCGUGCCCACUCAUUUCGAUCUGCUCCACGUAGCCGCUCUGGGCGUUGGCGGUUUGAGCAACCCACCCAUGUCCGACCUGAAUGUGUUUCACCUGGGUGCUUCCCAUCACCUCUAUUAAGGAGAAAAGACAGCAAGAGGAGGACCAGCGCCGGCAUAGCUAAACCUGCAUCCGAACCUGAUUAUACCUCCGACCUCGACACGCUGUCUCGGUGGUCCAUUUCAAGUAGGAAGUCGUUCUCGUCAUUUCGUGAUUCACCAGCGUCCUCAUUUUCAUCGUAUCAGUCAUCACCUCGACCUGUGAGUGAUGCUCAGUGGGCUGGGUUUGGACUUUUCUGAAGGAACAUAUACAUGUUGUUUCUUCGGAAUGUUUACCAAGUCGAUAAGUUUUGAUUGCUUUACAGUUAUGUACUAUGCCACAUGUGUUGUCACUUUGUUGGAUCUACAGCCCAAGAUGACCUGUGGAUAUUUAUUGUUCUCCUCCCAUGGAGUUUCGGAGUUUUGUUUUCUAAGAGUACUAUCGAGUUGCACGUCGAAAUCAAAGCUCGUUCCAAAAUCUCAGUCAAUGUCGUUAUGUAGACGCCAUUGUCUUGUUUUUCUAUAGAUAAUAAGGCAAUUCAAUGAAGAAAAAAGGUUUUUAUCAA